AUGGCUGAGUUCUCCUUGGUUUGCAUGAAGCAGAAUGAUGCAGUGAAUUAUCGGUGCCAGUGUCAGGUCGCAGCACCACUGGGAAUGUUGAAGAAAAAUAACCCAGUGGAGUUGGUGUUGACAGAUCACAACUUUCCCCCACCCACCAUUUCCAUGAGCACGGAAGAACUCGUGGAGACUGGGACCAACGUCACCAUUCAGUGCAGGUACAGCUGUGGUGGAACCACCUUCCUGCACAAGGACGGGCACUCAGCCCCUGUCCAGCACCAGAACCCCAGUGGAAGAGGCAUGGACACCUUUACCUUCCUUGGGGCGACACCUGCUGACACCAGUACCUUCCCCAAGCUGCUCCUGCCUCAUGGCAACCAAUGGCGCUGGCCCUCAUCCUGGGUGAGUGACAGUGGGGACGUGGUGCCACAGGGGAUGGUGGCCCUGUGUGGGACGUGGACUAUGUCCCUUGCAGGUUGGUGGCUGGUGGCAGCGAUCAGGGCACAGCAUCAUGAGGUGUCCCCUGUCCUAGUGCCCCGACCCUCCCUGUCACUGCACCCCAGCCAGGGGGUGUCCCUGGGGGACACAGUCACCCUGCGGUGCCACCUGCCCCGUCUGGCUGCCUGGGUCCAGCUCUGGUUUAAUGGAACUUUGAGAUCUGACAAGGAAAAAGACAAGGAGGAAGAUACAGUGGAGUUCUCCUUGGUUGUCACAAACCUGGAAGACACGGGGACAUAUCAGUGUCGGUACCAGGUGUCAGAGCCACUGUGGACAUCGAAUAUGAGUGACCCUGUGGAACUGGUGGUGACAGGUGCCAAGGGGCAAUUCCCCCAUGGGAACCGGGUGGUGGCGGUGGUGAGGGGCUGUGCUGCUGUCUUCAUCUUCUGCCUGGGCCUCUACUUCGUGCUUGAUGCCCGCAGCCUCUGGACACAGAGAGAUGAGAGCCCUGGUGUCCCCCCAGGAAUGUCUGACGCCGUACAGAUCCAGCUAAGUGCCUGUGUUAGCGGACCCCAAAUCCCAACCUGCCCCUUAGGGCCUGCACUGGACAUCACCAUGGACACCCAAAUCCUGUCCCUGGGGACCUCAAAUGACCCCCAACCCCAUAUGGCUCACCCUGACAUUUAUGUGCACCACCUGAAUCCAGACCAUGGGAAUCCCAAAUCUGAAUUGCAGGGAAUCCCCCAUCCCACAGUUCUAAAUACCCAGGCCCACUGAAGCCCUUCAAGCCUUAAACACCCCCCUGACCCCAUAGGCACCGACAACCCACAGGUAGAGGGACUCUAAAAGCAGCCACAAGGAAGCCCAAAGACCCUAUGGGCACCCCAAAACCAUAACUAGACCUCCAAAGAACCCCCAUGCAGAACUAAAAUCCAAGCCCCUGCAGAAAUUCAGACUCCCCCUCAUGGAAACACCUCCCUAGAUACCUACACCAGAGCACCAACGCCAGCCCAAGCAUCUUGGGGACCCUCUUGGUGGCACCCCCUUCUCCUUCUGUAUCUCCAGGUGCCCCCCAGUGACAACGAGGAUCUGACCUAUGCCGAGAUGCAAGCUGCUAUCCCGUUCUCCCAGCUCUCCACUUCCCACACUGCCCCUCAGUCCCCCAUUAUCUACACCAAAGUGAGCACUGGGUUACCAUGCUGAUGGACUCCCCAGGUGCCUCAUUUAUGGGGUGCGCAGAAUGGGACUGUUGUUUCUCCAUUUAUAUUCUUUCUAAUUAAACAUUUUUAUCUCAA